AGCCGAAAGUUCUUUCUGAAUUUCAGCACAGACUGCGGUGUGAUUGUCGUGAGCAGAUGCGCUGGCUGUCUUCAUCGAGGCAGAAUGGUUUUCUGAUCCCCAGAGUGCACAAGCCAGGAACACAUACAGUCCUCAACCCUCCUAGGCCAAGACAUUCCAGCUUGGGACCCUGACAUGGGCACUCACCGGAGUAAGGGGGCAGUGCUGCUUGUAAUGGUUGGCCAUCAUUCUCAGAGGCUCCUUGAGGCUGAUGAGGCUGCCCCGUAGGCCCUGCUCGUACAGCUUUAGAUCCCUUUCCUCUGGCCACAGUGAAAGAUCUGAGUGGGAGGAAGACCUUCACAGGCCUGCACCACAGUCCACCUAGGCACAUUCCAGACAAAUGGCACAGUCCUGCGAUCCAGAGCAGGAUCCAAAACAGUCAACAAGGCCUGCUCAGCCAGGGACCUCUGCCUCAUAGCCCCCUGUGAGCAGAGAGAAUGACACAUGUGUGCACAUCAUGUCCAGCCAACAAGAUUGCAGAGCAUUCCUUCGUGGCUGGUAACAUCCCACAGAUGGGUUCAUCAGGCAUGCCCUCCAUGAUGCCCUCUCCACCACUUAUGCCUCCUGCCCAGAGUACUUUCUCCAAGGCUGGAAAUGCAUCCUCUGCCUGUGAAUCUCUGUCUCUUGGCCUCAUCCCCAGCAUCUAUCUUCCUGGCCUUGAGAGGAGAGUAAUUACCGGGAUGUGGACGGCCUCCAGAGACUUCUCCUGGUGUGGAGGUAGGCUUCCCUGAAAGGAGUUUCCCUAUACAGACCCCUCCCCAGUGCCUCAAUACCUCCCCACACCCAGCCCCAGGAGGAAAACCCUGCUGGGCAGCUGGGUAUUUGAGGUCCACUGACUGGGAAAUGGCACAGUCACAGGGAAAGAGCCAACUAAGAACAUCAGGACAGGGGGCUGUCCUCCCUAGUCCUGUCCCCCACCUCGUUCUGGCAAGGAGGAGGUGGUCCCAGGCUGUCCUCAGGAGGAAAGGUCCCAGGGUCUUGCCUCAUAGGAACAAGGAGUCAUUGAGUCUGGCCAUCAGCUGAGGAGAACAGUCAUACCUAUUGGGUACCCACUGAUGCAGGUGGGCCCAUCCCCAGUGUUUCAUGCCUCUCAGGGUUCACAACCUCUCUGAGGGGGAGGAGUGGCUGUCUGUUGUUUUUAUUACCAUAUUCAGGAGGGACCCUGCUCGCAUACAAGAAGCAGGACAGACACAAUGGAGAAGAGAGAGCACUCCAUCAACCCACUGCCCACUCCCAUGCUCUUAUAGCUCUGUGCUAUGACUAUGUUCUCUCCACACCCAGUCACAGCUGGCCCCUGUCCUUCCCCUCCCCUUCCAGAGGCCCAUUCCUCCCUAACAUGGUCACCUCAGAGGAGCAUGUGUUCAUCCACACAGCCUGCUGUCCCUGGCUGCACUUGGUUGGUUUCAAGCAUAGCCCAUGUGCCCUCUAGGGCAGGGCUCAGUCAGGACACUUGCAGGAUACUUGCACAGUGCUGCUGAAGGAAGUCUCAGGGGCAGGUGGGGUUGGGAGUGCCGGUCUGAGGAAGCAGUAAGAAGGCUUCAGACUAGGACUUUGUGAGCAUAGGGAGCAGGGAGGGUUUGCGGAGGGAAGGGGGAGGGUAUCAAAGAACGAGCCAAAACUGCAGUGAAAGCUGACCCUGGGGUCUUUGAGGAGCUGGGUGGGAGUAGGGAGGCCCUGACUGCUGGCCAAGGCAGGAGAGAGCUGUGAGCCGGUGGUUUCUCUCAGAAACUCCAUGAGGCAUGUGGGAAUGGGGGACACAUGGACAGGAGCAAUGAGGGCCAAGCUCUGCAUCUCAGCCCCAGUGUGUGUGUAUGUGGGGGUCACUGGGUAGGAGGAGACAGUGGGCAUGUAGAGGAUUUGGGUGCUAUGUGUGUGGUGGCUUGGUGGGGUGGAGCUGAGGCUCUGUGGCUGUGCUGCUCACCACUGGGGCUGGAACCACAAGGCCGCAGAGCUAGGAGGUCCCUCCGGAGGCCUGGAUCCAGCCAGGAGACUACACUUGAAAGGCUCCUGUGCCUCAGUUAGCAUUGGCCAAAGCACUGUGGAUUAAGGAUUCACAGUCUCUGGAGUCAGAGGCUCCCUUAAUUUCUCUGUGCCUCAGUUUAUUUGUAAACUGGGGUUAAUCACAGAUGGGGUCAUUGAGGGGAUUCCCUGAGCCCUCCAUGGUCCAGGAGGACAGCAGCAACUUUGCCUGAUCCAUCUCUCACACCCCCUCCAGAAGCCUGACCUGAGGUUUUCAAGGGAAAAAUUGAGGCCCUGGCUCCCAGUGGGAAUUCACUCAACACUCUACUCUGGCCCAGACAGCCUCUGCCUCACCCUCCCUGCCACCAUGGGCCAGGGGUCCUGUUCUGCUUGACCAGCUCUUCUUUCCUUCAGCACCUCUCUCCCUCUGUUCUGGAUCUUUCUUGUGGAUGUUAAACAUGGUUUCUGUUGUGACCCCAUCCUUUGUCUCUCCCUUCACACACCCAUCACUUCUCAGGCCAUGGUUGUUCAGUCUUGCUGUCUCCACAGUGGCCAGGCCAGGCUGGGCUGGCCUGGGAUCAGAGAGGAAUGAAUGGGGGAGGGGACGAGGCUGAGACCCAGAGGUGCUGGGGGCCCUGGGUGACUGGGCUCUAGGGGCAAAGGCAGUGAGUGGAGGGCCUGGUUCCACCAAGCCGCUUAGCACCCAACUCUGGCCCUGUUAAGUGGCCUAGAUGCUCCUGUGCUCCCAGCCUACCCUGUACUUUUAGAUCUUCAUUCUCUUUCUCCCCAGUGUCAUCUGCCAGACAUCCUUUUCUGUAUCUCUCUCUGCAAGAUGAACCCCUAGUCCCUUCUCAAGCUCUCUUUGCAUCACCCUUUGUGGCAAGCCCCUCUAACAAGACCCAUACCUGUUCAUCCAUUGCUCUGUCUGAAAUAACCCCCACCACACUGUGCUAGGCCAAAUUGGACAUGGUCAAAAGGCCCCCAAGGGCCUGACUCAGUAUCUCCCCAGUCCCCCACCCCAGCCUGGGUAAGCUAUGGUGGGUCCCCAGGUUAUUUACUGAACUGAGUCAAAUGAAGUUUCCAGGACAGGGUGGGAGGAGCAGAGCCUGUCCUGAAGCAGGAGGAUUCACACUAUGGAGUGAGGUGAGUGAUGCCUCUCUGAAGGGGCCUCUCCUUAAACACUGGCCUUCCUAGCAAUUUCUCUCUGCUUUAUUUUUCUGAAUUUACAAAUUUUUCAGUGAAGAGGAUACAUGCUAUCUUAUAUUGCCCUUCCAGUGAAAAACUAUAAUGUUUCUUAAAUUAAAAUUAAAAAAAUAAAAUAAAAUUCCUGGCUGAAUUCAUCUACUUUCCCGCUGAAAAGGCACCUUGGAUUUGGGAAGGUGGGAACUUUGACUUUCAAAAGGCCAUCCUGGGACUUUUGAUGGGGCUUUGCUGCCCACUAGUGGCAAAUAGACUUAUAGAUCUGGCACUAAGGACACUCUGGGUAGCCUUUGGAGAGAAAGCAUGAAACUGACAGACAUACCAGGGAGAUGUGAGCACCCUGGGGCCUCCCAUUGGGCCAGGGAGUCAUAAGCCCUCUCCCUGCAGGCAGCUGAGCAUGAUAUAACAGUGCCCCAACCUGACUUGUUUCUGGGCCCCAACCCAGGGCUGUGCUGGCCCCAGGCUUGUUCUCGGGUUUGGGAUCAAGGGUGAGCCUCAGUUCAUCUGUUCUGUAAGAAGGGCAGUGGUGAGACCCCAGAAUAUUGGAAAAGGCUCACCUACUCUCAGUCGUGUCACCUCCACUUGUCUUUCCCCUGCUUUGUGGGGCUAUCUUUGCUGACUUCCCUCCCUCACACCUUCAGAUCUUCCUGGGCCAGGUCUGUGUCUGGCCUGACCACCACCUCCUGCCUCCUGUAGUCCUCAGUCACUAACACAGGGCCUGGGCUGGGCCUGGGCCUGAGGAGAGAAAGAGAAGCUGAAGAAGGGUUGUGGGCCCCCCACCAGAUUCCACUUCUAUCAUAGGUCAUCUCUGUUCUGUGAAUGCUUUCAGCCCAUUUCAGUCUCUGGAUCUUUGCACUGUUCCCUCUGUCUGGAGCUCUUUCCUCCCUUAUUGUCACACAUCUGGCACUUUCUUGUCAUUCACGUUGCAAACUAUGUGUCACUUGCUCAGAAAGCCUUCCCAGACCAUUCAAUGUAAAGCAACCUCCCCAGAUCCCCUCCAUCUGUCUGGUUCACUGCCAUAUCCCUGUGUCCAAUAUAAGCCCUGAUACAUAGGUGCUCAGCCAGAGUUUGCUGAAUGUCUGAAGUCCCAGGCACUGAAGGAAUAUAGUGCCAUCCAGCCUGGAGUGAGAAUAGUGUGGCUGCAGCACAAACAGAGCUUUGAGAAGGGGCUCUGAAUGGGGACAGCCAGGUAAGAACAACAUAGCAGACUGCCAGCUACCUCUCCACACCUCAAGUGAGGGGAGCUCCAGCAGCUGGUAAAAGUUAAACCACAGAUUCCCAGGGCAAGGAGUCCGCUUUGUAGCAUUUGCCCAUGUUCAUAGCAUAAAUACUCACUGUGACCUGUCUCAAGGUAUGGAUGGUUUGAUAACUGGCUGGCAACUUUUCAAGAUUUAACAAUUGGCUCUGUGAGCCGGUAUGAGCUGGUUCCAUCCACCUUCGGCUCUGGCCUGCUGAGGACGAGGUGUGGGAGAAGCAUGGCAGGACAGGUCACUGGGUCCCUCUCCUCUCCACCAGGGCAGAGGGUAGCAGGGCUAGCACAGGUGGAAGGCAGCUGACCCAUUCUCCAGGGAGUGAAGAAGAGGUGGUGAGCAGGGACUCAUCCUGGGAACAAGAGAGUGGUGCACAAAUGCUUGCCUCAGCUGGGAUGAAAACAGGAGCAGCCACCAGGUGUGGGUGGAGAGCGAACAGGCAGGGAAGUAGAAGUGGGAAAGCUAGCCAAGAAUCAGGAAGCUUGGGCCCAUGCUCUCAGAUCCUCCCCCAGUGUCCUGGAGCAUCUCACCAGUGGCCUGCCUGCCCCUAGUGGCUCCACCAGAAACUGCAGCAGCUUCUCCAGCUCCUUCCAGGGCCAAGUCCAACACAGAAUCCUCCCUGAGCACCCACAGUGCUGUCCGUGGGCCAGGCUGGAGAGAGGCAGAAUGAGUGAGAGGAAAAUUGUUUUCGUGGGAACACAAAAUUGUAUUAGGAAGAGGAAUGUGGAGGGUAUAUUUCUGCGGUAGUAGAUCACUCACGUUUUCUUGUCCCAUUCAAGCAACCAGGCUGUUCCUUAAUCAUGACCCAAGGGGAGGAGUGGAUCAAGGUGGGAAACAGAAAAGAAGAGGGAUGGGACCCUAGCAUCUGAUGUCAGCAUCCUAAGCCUUUAUGGUACUUGUCAGAGAGAAUGACAUUGCUCCUUAGCAUGGUGACAGAGGAGGGCUCACUCUCCCCUCUCUCCCCCACCAUGCCAGCCUGGAGAAAGUGCACCUAGGCAGCAUGCAAGAGAGCCAGGGAUGGAGGCACUCAGAGCUAGAGGGUCAGUGGGACCUCAGGGGUCAGGUGGCACAUGGAAGCCACACUCAGUGAUGUCCUAACCUCCACCACUCAGAUCAGACUGUGCCACCCUGGGCUACAAUGGCUGUCCUUCCAGUGGGUCCCCAUCUAUCCACCUAUUUCAGACAAGAGCCCUGUCCUAGAAUAGUGUGGACAACCCAGAGGUAGGCAGCAUUUGAGUUGGUCUCUGUAGCUGGAACUCACCAUGCAGAGUCAGGAUCAGGGCAUUCGAGGUUGAGGUGUCAGUGUGGGUAAAGAUUUAGAGGUAUAAAAAAAGGUGUAUGGUUCAUCCAAGAAGCCACACUGUAUCUACUGGCUGGAGUAUCAAGGAGGUUGGUAGUUGCAGACAUAAGGAAAUAGAAGCACCAGAUGGAGGCAGGCCUCUCUUGCUAUCCUAAGGUGAAGGACAAGGUCCAGAACCCCCCUGAGGACUGGAAAAUAAAGUAUCAGAUCAACCUGGUCAGAUUUGCAUUUUCUAAAACUCCAUCUGGCUUCCCAGUAGACCACAGAUUGCCAGGGUGUGGGUUCCGGGGCCCAUCUGGUGGCAGGGAGGCUUGCUGGGGGUGGGGGCUGGAUGGCUGCUCAAUCACCAGGCAAGAGAGUUACUAAGACUGAGUCAAAUCGAGACACUGGCAACAGAGAAGUUGUUCAGAGAGUGUGGUUUAUUUUCUCAGAUGCAUAGAAACCAGUUUAAAACCUGAGGUACAAAUUAACAAGCCUCCAAGUCCCCCUCUUGAGUCUUGUUUAGAAUGAGCAGGACAUAGGCUCCUUUGCUAAAAUAAAUACAUUUCACAUUGCACAAGGUAAUAAAUAAAAAUACAUAAAUAAAUACAUUCAAUAGGAUAAAAAUGAGACUAUAAUCACUAAAGGCCAAAUGGGGCAGCACAUUUCAGAAAUCAGAUAAUUAACAAUUCAUCUGACUCCACAGGAGAAAGUGAAAUCCCUCCAGUUCUGGACUAUGUGAGAGAUAUCCCAGAAUCUUCAGCUGUUCUGCUGUGUUUGAUGUCCAAGGCCCCAUGCCUCCCCAAGUCCCUGCAUUCAGGGACCUCUGGUACCCCAGGUCAGGACUCCUGCGAGUACUGGGACAUCAUCUCUGAAAUCGACUCUAAGCUGAACACUACCUCUACACCUGAAGAGUUUAAUCUGCUGCUAGAGCUGAAGGACAAGACCCUUCUGAAGUCUAACCUGGCUGCCUUCCGGACCAUCUCAGAGAAGUUCAUCAAUGUCUCUAGUGUAGUGUCAUCCAUCAGUAAAAAUCUGGACUACCUGGAGGAAUUGCUGCAAAACUUGACCAUGCCCACGCCCACAUCCCAGAGAGAAGUGCAUAUCGAAGCAGAAGAUGUUAAUGAGUUCUCAGAGAAGCUGCUUGUCUUCCUGGAAGCCCUGGAUGAUUUCCUGAAGCCAUUACUGAAGUGCCCAGAAACUUUCAAAGCCUCACGUAGAACACCUUAGUUGGGGUCUUUGCACUGUCAGGGUUCAGAUUUGAGCUCAGGUCCUGGGUCCCCAGCUCUCCUCCUAGAUAUUCCAUCUAAUGCUCCACUCUGUCACAGAUCUCACUGACAAUCUUAUUUAUAUAGCAAUUUAUUUAUUGUCCAUGCUAUCGUGGAGUUAUUUAUUUUAAUAAUGGAGACCCUCUCAGAAGUCUCUGAACAGAGCCCAGAGGUAAUAUGAAGCCAUUUUCAUUCGUAUUUCAGAUUUCAAAAGUGUUUCUUCUCUUCUGUGAAAAAUAAACCUUUAUAAA